AUGUCGCAAGACACCGGCUUGUGGAGCGUGCGCCGACCAAGAGAGGUCAGCUCUACCCUCGAGAUCCCAACAACCUUAGGAGGAAUCAACUAUAACACCGGCUUGCCACAACCCGCAUCCGCCAUGAAACGAUCUGCCUCGGGCGCAGGCGCGCCGUACUUGAACAGCCAUGGACGUUCCAUGUCCGGCUCCAGACAUUCUUUGGCGUUAUCACGACCUAGCCAGCCCAUGUUUCAGCGCUCUUCAUCCGGCACCAACCUGGCAGACAUUGGCCUCUCGUCGGUGAAGCGGACUUCGAUGCGCGACAAGUCCUUCGCGCCAACGCCAGCGCCGGGACGUUCUUCACAAGAUGCGGACAGGAGGAGCAGCGUAUACCGCGCGAGGACUUCGACCGCUGGCCCAAUGAGUCACCAAAGUUUCUUUCAGCAAGCACCUCAACCUGCUGGUGUACCCCGAGACCCUCGCCCGUUGAGGGACCGAUCUUACCAGGCGAGAAUAGGGCAGGAACUAUUGGAUUACCUGGCCCAGAACAACUUCGAGAUGCAGAUGAAGCAUACUCUUUCUCAGAACAUUAUCAAAUCACCCACACAGAAAGACUUCAACUUCAUGUUCCAGUGGCUGUACCGCCGCAUCGACCCGAGCCACAAGUUCCAGAAGAACAUCGAUCAAGAAGUUCCCCCGAUUCUGAAGCAGCUUCGAUAUCCAUACGAGCGAAGUAUUACCAAAAGUCAGAUCGCCGCUGUUGGUGGUCAGAACUGGAGCACUUUCUUGGGACUGCUCCACUGGAUGAUGCAGUUGGCGCAGAUGCUGGACGGCUAUGCCUCCAAUCGAUAUGACGAUGCGUGCCUCGAGAGUGGCAUCGACGUUACCGGUGAUCAUAUUAUCUUCGACUUCCUUAGCAAAGCAUAUAGGGACUGGCUUGCCAUGGACGAGGACGCUGACGACGAGGACGCGAACCGAGCAUUAGCCCCCCACAUUGAACGGAUGGCACAGGCUUUCGAACAGUCCAACUCCAAGUACACUUCCGAGCUCGAGAUGCUCGAGGGGGAGAACAAUCGACUGUUGCGUGAGAUAGAAGAUCUUGAGAAGUCCACUCCAGACCCCGCUGUACUCGACAAUCACUUCAGAAUUAUGGAAGAAGACAAAAUCAAGUUCGAAGAAUACAACGCUCUCGCUAUGCAGAGAUCCGACAAGUACGAAACACGGAUCCAGGUUCUUCAUGAGGAGCUUGAGAAACUUAAUGAGGAGCUGCGGGAAGUCGAGGACGAGCGGCGAGGGUUGCAGAAGGCCGUGGACGAUCUAGGCAUCAGCAUGCAGGAUAUCGACCGCAUGACAGCUGAGCGAGAGCGUUUACAAAAGGGCAUCGAGUCUGCCUCACAACGGCUUGAAGAGGUCAAGAAAAAAGUGGCCGAAAAAGAACUGGAAGCGGGCAAGAAACUAGACGACCUUGAGAGAAUGGUGGAUAGGUACAACACCCUGGCGUACCAAAUCGGCCUGAUACCCGCAACAGCAGUCAAUGCCAACGGCAAAGAUUACGAGCUCCAGGUGACGGUCAACGACGGCCCGGAUUUCAGCUCGUCGCAGCUCAAAGGAUCUAGUGGUGCUUCCUCAAGCGAUCGACUCCUUGUCGAUCCUGUGUCUGGAUACCAGCCUGCCCACAUUCUCAACCUCGAUCUGCGCGGCCAGGUCAAGAACAGCUUUCUCACGCUGAGGAAAGAAAUUUCCGAAAGAAGGACUGUUGCGAUGGACAUGAUGAUGAAAGACCAUGAUCUGCUGGAUGGCAUCAAGGAAGCGAUCGAAGACAAGCGGAGCGAAGUUGAGGCUUUGGAGCACCGUGUCCGUGCUGCGGAGGAAGAGUACGAGAAGACCAAGGAGGUCACAACAACACAAAAAAUGGCAUCUGACGCACAAAUCGAAAAGAUGGAAAAGGAACUUGCAAAGAUGCGAGCCACUCUGACCGAGUCAGUACAGCUCAUGGAGCAACGCGAGAUGAACACCAGUAUCGAGUAUGAACAGCUUGCUCUUCGCGCAAACUCUCUGCGAGAAGAGCUUCAUACAGAGAUUGACCGGAUGCUCAACGAUGUCAUCAAGUUCAAAAUCCAUGUGCAAAGAAACCUCGACGACUACGAGGGCUUUGUUACCGAUGAACUUGAAAAGGAGUUGGGGAGUGAUGAGAUGAGGGAGGAUACCCGAAAUCUGGAUAUGUAA